AAUUGUUUGUCAAAUGUUUGUAACCUCGCACAGGAAAGUCGGAGAAAGCCGAUGACAGCACUUCGAGUAGUAAUUCCCCCGUUCAUUCUGAAGCGAAUGCACAGCCUGGCCAACGAACCGUGGGCUCACCAGAAUACAUGAAGAACAACAGGAGCUUCAAGAGACUCUGGGGAAAACUAAGGAGAACUCAGUCUGGAGGGCUCCAGUCAGCAGAUCCAGAUGCAGGUCAGUUUAGGAGAGGGGGACUACGUGCCACAGCUGGACCCAGACUGACCAGGACUCCUGAAUCUUAUGACUCGUCACGUGAUAUGAAUAUUCCAUUCAGCCAGUGGACCAAAGAGCAGGUGUGUGGCUGGCUCGAGGAUUAUGGGCUGGGUCAGUACAUCAGUCUCUCCAGACAGUGGGUCGACAGUGGACAAACACUUCUGUCUGCUUCACCUCAGGAGAUUGAAAAGGAGAUGGGUCUGAAGAAUCCUCUGCACAGGAAAAAGCUCCAGCUGGCUCUGAGGGCGUUCACCACCAAAGUUAUAGAGAAAUCAUCAGAGCUGGACCACAUCUGGGUCACCCGCUGGUUGGAUGACAUUGGUUUGCCUCAGUAUAAAGACCAGUUCCAUGAGGCACGAGUAGACGGUCGAAUGAUACAAUACCUCACAGUGAAUGACCUCUUGACUCUAAAAGUUACCAGCCAGCUGCAUCACCUCAGUAUCAAAUGUGCCAUUCACGUCCUUCAUGCCAACAAGUUCAACCCUCACUGUCUUCGCCGUAGGCCAGGCGACGAGAAGCAGCCCAGUCCCUCAGAGGUGGUGCAGUGGUCUAACCAUCGUGUGAUGGAGUGGCUUCGAGCAGUGGAUCUAGCCGAGUACGCUCCUAAUCUACGGGGCAGUGGUGUCCAUGGUGGCCUGAUUAUCCUUGAGCCGCGCUUCACCUCAGAAACUCUGGCCCUGCUGCUAAAUAUCCCUCCUCAGAAGACUUUGCUCCGUCGCCACCUUGCCACUGCCUUCUCUACCCUGGUGGGGGUUCAGGCCACACAGGAGAAGCGGGAGUACGGCAAUGCCACAGGCCACGUUCCCCUCACAACCACUGCCAAAGUGAAGCCAAAAAAGCUGGGCUUCACCCAAUUCAGUCACCUGAGAAAGAGGAAACCCGACGAAUCUGCAGAUUAUAUUUGCCCCACGGACGGUGGAGUGCUGACGGUGAACGGAGUUUCCAGAUCGCACUCCGCAGCAUUCAAGGGCCUCAGCCCCAGCUUGGACAGACAGGCUGAGAAGCGGGAGCAGACUGGGACUAAGGUCGAGGCCAAUGGCUUCAAAGAAUAAUUUAAAAAAUAGCUCCAGACUCGCCAUCGCUGCCCUCUCACUAGUGACUCAUGUGAAUCAGUGAAGAUUUGAACGCAGAAACUCAAUCAGGAUGCAACAGUGUGAUGAAUUGCUGACGCGUUGCACAUGCUACUGUUGGUCAUUGUUGUUUGUCGCUCGCACGUUGUUCACCUAAAGAUUAUGAAUGAGGACACUGUGUGCAUUGUCUAAUGAAAGCUGCUCUCUGCAUUCCUUACACGAUCAGAUUCCAAAGCUUAUACUUUACUUUACUUGCUAAAAAUCAUUGAACUUUACUUUACUUGACCAUUUUGUAUCUGUAGAUUUAGGAUAUUGAUGCGCUCUAUCUUGUUAAAUACCUGGUUUGACUCUACAGUUUGACAUUGGUUACUGUUUCACUUUAAUCUAUGAGUGACAUAAAGUUUGAAUACUUUUCAUGGUACAUUAAUUAAACUGCUCUGCACCUUUGAA